AUCCAAUUAAAAUAUGCCCUUAUUUUGCCCUACUUUCAUUUCCGGUGAAGUUUCAAGGUCACGAUGCAUAACAUGAUUAGGGGAAGGGUAGACCGAGCCAAAACACCGGUCAGUUGACAAGAAAAAGGUACAGCAUUCAUUUACGCAUCAAAAACUGACCGCCAUUUUCAGUUGCUUGCCUGAGAAAUUCAGUCGAACGAUGAAGAAGUCUAUUUUAUCCUGAAACAUGCAACGACCAAGUCUUAUCCCAUGGCGUCCACCUGAGAAUGAUGACACGAACGCAGAAUUCUAUGACUGCGAGAUUGGAGGAAAAGGAGACACUCUCGAAUUCGAAGAACCGAAGGACGACGGAUACGCUACAAUUUUGGGACUGUUACGCCAAAGAAAUGCGUUGCUUUUGAAGCUUCAUGAGCUAGAUCCUUAUCAGUGUGUUCCCUCUCCACAAAAAGCAAAUGAUUCAGAAUUUUCUAGGGAUGGAGAAGUAAAGAGCAGCGAAUGCUCAACGGCAAUGCCUAAAAGGGAUGCCGAAUAUAGCGACACGAGUGGAAGAGCAACAGAAACUACGAAAAAUGUCUAUUUGGAGCAGCAGGGUUACUACUGGAUGACCAGAAAUUCGCCUUCUUACGAGAACGAAGAUUGCUUCGUUCGAGGCGAGGACACGUUGGGACAAGAGUAUUUUGGUAACAUUGAAGAUCUGAUAGCAACACUUAGUCAGUCCAAUCAAGAGCUUCUGAAUGAAGUAAGCUAUCUUCAGGAAGAAGAACAGAACUCAGGUGUUCACAAUAAUUUUCUUGAAGGAGAUGAAGGCUUGAGUACUAAGAUUGGAGAACUAAUAGUGAAAAACAAGACACUUGAGAAACAAUUGAGGACAAGAGAUCCCCUUCAAGAGUCACUUCAAAGACAACUGCAAACGUUUAUGGAAAGGAACUUAUCAGCAACAGAAAUAUCAGAAAUUGAGAAUAUUGCAAGCAUGGAAAAUAUAUCAACUGGCCAUCGUGAUAAAAAAGAAAUUAAAAAAGACUCGGAGACUCAGACAGAGCUGAAUUUACUAGGAAAUGAUAUUAAAAUAUCUGAAAGGUUCAAAGAUGGCGAAGUGGGGCAGCUUCAAGAAAGAAAGACAGAGCAUGACUUGGUGAAUGGACAACAAGGAGAUGAAAUGGUGCCAAAGCGUGAUUAUGAUGCGUUAGAGAAGGAGCUGGAGGACAUUAAACUACAGCUUAGUAAGGCCAACGAAGAGAAGGCAAAGAUGCGGGAAAACCUUGAUUAUCUUACUGAUCACUACAGCAAACAAGAUAAUAUGCAGAGAAUGCACAUUGAAAAAAUCGAGCAAGAAAACAAACAGUACUACAAUAUGCUCAUUGAAUUCCAGUCAGGUGAACAAGGGAGAAAUAGAGAUAUUGACAGUGUUCUUAUGCAAGCAGAAAGGGAAAGGACCGAGAAGAUCGCCUCGAUUGCUGAGCAAAAAGUGCUCAGACAACAGAUCGAAAACCUAUCAAAAACAAUGAAGUCGAUGCAGCUCAAAAAUGAAGAAUUGGUAAGAAUGCAGUGCAGUCAAGAAGACCGUGCAGAUGACUUGAAACGAGUGAAACAACUUUUCCAGGAGAGUGGUCUGCCAACGAUCGAACAAAUCAUUGCUUUGCAAAGACAGAAUGAAGCAUUCCGUGAAGAUAUUCUUAAUGAAAGAAAGGAAAAAGAGAGAUUGCUGUCCAUUAAAGACAAACUGAGGCGGGACCUUGAUUCUAUGCAGUCCAGAAUCUCUUCCCUACAAGAGCAGGUUUACAAAUACCGAGAGCACAUUUUCUUCCUGCAGCAGCGAACAGGUAAAGAUGGUCCUACUUCACCCGCUCCUCCUUCGCCUUUACUAGAAACAGCACCUCCUCCCUUAAAUUCAUCCCCUUCUUCCACCUUUCAUAACCCCUCGCGCUUGUAUGGAUCAAACGCGCCUCAAUACAUCAAUGAAGGUCUUUUGCAAGGCAACGUUCCUCCUCGGUUCCCUCUUUAUGCGGUCUCUGAGGCAGCGAAAAAGGGGCCACCUGGAAAACAUGGUGGCAUUGAUGGACAGCCACAAGGACAGGGAGGAGGAAAACAAUGGCAGUACCAACAGCAAAAUAAUUUUCCAGGCAAGUUGGGCCGCCAUUUGUCUCUGGAUGGAGACUGGAAACGCUCUCCACAGAGUUGGGCAUCGCCAACUGACAACAUCUUUAACUCUUCCCCGGCCCAGAGGCACAAUUCAAGUAGCAGUUAUAGCUCUGUAAGGUCUGGAUCUUCUGACGAAGAUAUUGAUGGCUUAGAGAAGUCGAAUCAAUUUGGACGAAGGCACGGUGCAAGAAAUGGGGACGACUUUAAGCAUUUGCAAAACUUUGGUCCGACUCCAUCACAGUUCGAAGCGGGCUGGCCACGUCAGAACUCAGCUGGAAGGGGAAUACGAAUGAGCCAAAACCCUCAGCGAAACCCAAGGCGUUACUCCUCUCCUGUUGGUAACGGGGUGCGCGCUCCAUCUGAUUAUUGGCCUCAGCCAAUGUCUGCCUCUAAGCAAUGGCAAACGUCACUGGAACCAAGUCAGUUCACAGAUUCCGCUCCUCCUGGCUUCAGACAAUGCUCAGAUCCAUGGCAACAAUCAUUAAGCACUACACUUCCAAAUAGCUCACAGGCACCUAGUGUGGCAGUGACCUCAAGCCAUGGAGACUCGGGUACGUACAGUGGAUUUGGUAACCGUUGAAAACAAAGACUAUAUAUUGCAUGUCUAAUUAAAUGCAAAGAAGAAGCAUCAAAAUGUAUCUAAAGAAACCGACAUCACUCAGAAUCCACGUAGUCGAGGCGCUGAUCAAAGGAAAGCCAGUUUCAUUUAGCAGCAAACUCUUUCAUUUUUAAGGAUUGGUCAUAUAAUAUAACGCAGCCAAUAGGAUAUUAACGUCAAACAGUUAUGGUGGUGGAUUCCGCCAUCUGAGUCAAUUCAUUGUAUGCCUGAAAGUUCAUUUGAAUAUUCAACUUAAUCCCAUGGAUCCUGAAUUCAUUUAAUGGCGUUGAUACAGGUUCAAUAAUUUUAGGUACAGUCAUGGUAGUGAAUGGGCAUGACACAGUGAUGUCCAUUAUGAAGUAAAUACAUUUAUGUUACUGUUUUAUAGUAACUUUACCAUUUAUCAAAUAUUUAGCAGCAAAUACUUACAGUUCAUUGAUAUUAUUUGGAAUUAGCUAGAAAUCUAGAUCUAGACUUAUCUAGACUUUGAAAGUACGCAUUAUACUUCUUAAAAUAUAUCCGCCAUGAAAGUCUUUGCGUUGAAUGAUUUACUAGCAAUAGAGAUAGUAGAUAUAACUCAACAUUUUAGGAGUGAAUACCAAUCACGAUGAUUUGGUAUCAAGUGAAAUUUAGUAUUUGAAAAAAAAAAGAUUUUUUGCGAUGUUUUGUACUUUACUUAUCUUCAAGCUUUUCAAAUUGGCGAAAAAUUCCCUAUUCUUUUGCCAAAAUAAUAGUUUCUAUUUUUGUACUUUGAAUAAAAAUUUCUAUAGUUGCAUUUACUAUUUAUGCAUAUAAUGCUUUGCAGAUAUUUGUGAUAUCUUAAAAAAAUGACAAUAUACAAAAUAGAGUAAUAACUAUUUAACAAGUUCAAUUUAAUAUUGUUACUUUGGAUAAUAUGUAAUUAGGAAUAACAAUUGAAACUUUGUAAAAAAUGAAAGAAAAAAAACCAUUACUCAUAUAAAUAAGCAAGGUGAAUGCUAACGAAUGUUGCCAUAGAGACUUCGAAGGAUAAAGUAAUGGAAGCCAUGUUGGAUGGCGUAGAGGGGAAAAAAAUUUUCUUCGAGGAAUGAGACAUUUUUUUGUGAAAGAAAUUAGUUGUCCCUGCCAAACAGCACGGAUGCUGUCACGUGAUUGUUCAAAACCUUUAUUAUACCUCGCAUUCCUUUGAUGGCACAUGGAGGGCUAAAUUGUUGAAGGAAAUCUGGUUCUGAGACUGUCAUCUCGUAUACCCGAGGAAGAAAGAAAAUUAGACAAUUAGAUA